UUAACAGAGUCUGUCAGAGGAGACGUUUCCUCCUCUCCAGACGACUUCAGCUCGAUGUUUGACGAGAUCAGGACGCCACAGUAAUAAUCUUUAUUUGUUUACUGGGAUUCCAGUGUGGUAAUUGAAGCUGGCUGUGUGGACAGUAAUGAGGCCGUUGUCCUUUUGGCACCAAUUUGCCAAGCAUGCCUAACUAAUUAAAACUGGAAUGACUUACUUGGAAUUUGGGAUUAUGAGUUUGACGCCAUCUUGUGUCUUCCAACGGGCUUCCUUAGUUUCCACUGCGCAUGACCAGCUCACACUCGGCUUCCAGCAGACUGGUUGGAUCAGCAGUGGGCUUCAAAUCUGUGCACCGUGUGUUUUAAAGUAACCACCUGCGGAACAUCACCUCCAGCAGACUCCCGGUGCGCAUGUGCUCCUCCUCCCUCCGCAUGGCUCGUGUCUUCGUCUACGGCACCCUGAAGAAAGGGCAGCCCAACAACUACCGCAUGUUUGACAGCGCCAACGGCAGGGCGGAGUUCCUCGCCUCGGCCCGCACCACCCAGAGAUACCCUCUGAUCAUCACCACCGAGUACAACAUCCCCUUCCUCCUCAACCUCCCCGGCCAGGGUCACCUCGUCCGGGGCGAGAUCUACAAAGUGGACGACCAGAUGCUGAAAUACCUGGACGCCUUAGAGAGCAUUCCCACCAUGUACCAGCGGGUUCUGGUCAAGCUGGAGGUUAUGGAGUGGGCGGGGGAGGCAGAGGGAGGGGAGAGGCCGGCAGCGGGAAGCAUCACGGAGGCAUUUGUCUACAACACGACCACGUACGGGCCAGACUGGCCCUCGCUGCCCUGCUACGAGAGCUACGACUCGUAUGGAGAGCACGGGCUGGAGUACGUGACCAGAGAAGCACGAGACAGGUGUCAUGUGCCAGAAUAAGAAUCCUGCAAAUGUGAAAGUCUUCUACCUCCAUAUGAAACAGCUCCGCUAGGUGUCGGUGGAGCGACUUCAUACUUAAAUCUUCCUGUUAAUCGUCGGGGAUGUCAUAAUUUUUUUGAUUUCGUACUUGGAGGCAUAGGAAGCUGCUGUCGUGGUCCUACUUCACUUUCACUGUACUGUAUCUUUAAAGGGGCAGUCCACCCUGAAAUCAAAAAGAUAUUUUUCCUCUAAACUGUAGUGCUAUUUACAUCUGGAUUGUUUUGAUAUGAGUUGCAGAGUUUUGCAGAUAUCAGCUGUAGAGAUGCGCGCUCACUGGAAUGUAAUGGAACCUGGUAGGGCUCGUCUUGUGGCCCUCAGGAGACAAAAAAAAAGGUGUCUCUUUUUAGAAAUGGUGAACUGUUUAUUCGAGAAAACCCACAGACAUUGUAGUGAGCAGUUUCAUGUCGGAAUUAUUUUCUUUCUGUAUCACUGAGCAGAAGGAAUCCUGCUCAAGUCAUGGAAGAGAGGCUAGCUGCCAUAGCUAACCGAGAAUGCUAACAUUACAGCUCAGUUGAGGAGAAACUCACAAAUGUGUGUUUAUCCAUCACGCUGUUUUUACAACUGGGAAAUGUUGUUCCCACACUCCAACAUGAUGCACAUGAACACUAAGUUGACCUGCUUCCAAGGCUGCAUGUUCACUUUUGGCGUGUUGAUAGAGACAGAAAAUAGUUCCUGGAAAAAUAUGUAAUUUUGGGGGUGAACUGUCCCUUUAAUGAGUUUCACCUGAUGAUUUUUAUCAUGUAGUAUCUUCUGUUUGAUCAGUGGAGCACAAGUACAAUGUUUCUUAGUUUGUUUUUUUAAAAGAAACACAUGGACAUAACCACACAACCUACCAAUGUGACUUUCACACACUUUAUAUUUUUAGUAAUAAUAAUCAUAGUGAUCAAUAUGUGACUCGUCUCGCUGAGAGUAUAGUUUCAAAUAAAGGGCAUCAAUCCUUUUUUCUCCUGUAUGGUUAGUUACACCUUAUAACGCUGUCAUUUUUUCUGACAUUUUAUAGACCGAAGCCAUUAAACCAGAUAAUCAGG